CGAGCGCGACGGGGGGCAUCGAGGGGGCCCAGCCGCCGCCGCCACCUCCUCGGCGCUGCCCGCCGCUCCUGGGGGCAGCGUGUUCCCGGCUGGCGGCGGGCCCCUGCUUACGGGCGGCGCGGCGGUGCACAUCUCCGCUGUCGGAGCCGCCAAGGCCACCCUCUACUGCCGCGUCUUCCUGCUCGACGGAACCGAAGUGAGCGUAGACCUGCCGAAACAUGCCAAAGGCCAGGAUUUGUUCGACCAGAUCGUGUACCACUUGGACCUGGUAGAAACAGAUUACUUUGGCCUCCAGUUCCUUGACUCCGCCCAGGUCACGCACUGGCUGGAUCAUUCCAAACCCAUAAAAAAACAGAUGAAAGUUGGACCUGCCUAUGUAUUGCACUUUCGCGUUAAAUACUAUUCUUCAGAACCGAACAACCUUCGAGAGGAAUUUACAAGGUACCUGUUUGUUUUACAACUCAGGCAUGACAUUCUUUCUGGAAAACUGAAGUGCCCCUAUGAAACAGCCGUGGAACUAGCUGCUCUCUGUCUACAAGCGGAGCUGGGGGAGUGCGAGCUUCCGGAACACACACCAGAGCUUGUGUCUGAGUUUCGGUUCAUCCCAAAUCAGUCAGAAGCAAUGGAAUUCGAUAUCUUCCAGAGAUGGAAAGAGUGCAGGGGAAAGAGCCCUGCCCAGGCGGAACUCUCCUAUCUGAAUAAAGCGAAGUGGCUGGAAAUGUAUGGGGUAGACAUGCACGUUGUCAGGGGAAGAGAUGGCUGUGAAUACUCUCUUGGACUGACCCCGACAGGCAUAUUAAUCUUUGAAGGAGCUAACAAAAUAGGCUUAUUCUUUUGGCCUAAGAUUACCAAAAUGGACUUUAAAAAGAGCAAACUGACCCUCGUGGUAGUGGAGGAUGAUGACCAGGGACGUGAGCAGGAACACACCUUUGUGUUCCGGCUGGACAGCGCACGCACCUGCAAACACCUAUGGAAGUGUGCCGUGGAGCACCAUGCCUUCUUCCGACUGCGCACACCCAGCAACAGCAAGUCUAACAGAUCCGACUUCAUCCGGCUGGGCUCCCGCUUCCGGUUCAGUGGGCGGACGGAAUACCAAGCUACACAUGGUGCCAGGUUGCGAAGAACCAGCACCUUUGAGAGGAAGCCUAGUAAACGUUACCCAUCCCGGCGACAUUCCACUUUCAAAGCAAGCAACCCGGUGAUUGCUGCUCAGCUCUGCGCUAAAACAAAUCCUGAAGUCCAUAAUUACCAGCCUCAGUACCAUCCUAACAUCCAUCCCAGUCAGCCCCGGUGGCGUCCUCACUCUCCAAAUGUCAGCUACCCACUCCCCUCUCCAGCACUCAGCCCCACAGACCGGCUGCCUUUCGGCCUCGAGGAGAACGGGGGCACACCGUUCGCUGCUAAAGCUUCAGGGAGGCAUCACCACCAGCAUCAGCACCAGCACCAGGCCCACUCCAACUACGGCCUUUCGCUGACCCUGGAGAACAAGGAGGGGCCACUGAGGUCCCCAAACUCCAGCAAGUCGCUCCCCAAACUGAGUCCAGGAGCACCUGCUCUGUACAGCGAAGCCGCUGCUCACCUGAAGAAGCUCGAGCUGGAGACUGUGAAGGCUGCAGGACCCUGGCCCGCUCUGCACAUCAACAUCAACAAGGCUGAAGAAAAGAAAGUUUCUGAGAAGACACUUCAGACUCCACUGUUGCCUUCCCCAGUGGCAGGUCAUGUGAAGUGUAACAUUUUGAAAGCACAGCUGGAGAACGCUUCCCGCGUGAAUGCCCAGAUUGGAACAGAAGACUCCACAUUUGUAAAUAUCAAUAAGAAAUCCAGUCUUCAGGACACUAAUGUAAGAAGUCCUAUUCCUAUACGUGUGGAAGCCGUCCAACCAGCUGUGGAAAAACCAGAAAUCAAGCCUCCCCGAGUGAGGAAAUUAACAAGGCAAUAUAGUUUUAACCGCAGUGAUGAAGAUGACCUCCCUCCAGACCUGGCUGAGGCAGUAGGAGCCACCACAGCCACCACCACAAACACCACAAUGGCUGCCACUCAAGUCUCGGUGCCGCUGGCGUCCCCCAAGGUCCAGAAAGUCAGCUCGCCUCAGAAGUCAGAAGGCAAGGGCCAGCUGUCCCCAGGGGCCAAGAGCCCCUCUGACCAUGGAGGUACCUUUACCUUGGGGCCGGGUGACCUGCUGAUGGAUUUCACAGAAGCCACUCCUCUGGCAGAGUCCGCCAGCAGCCCCCACUGUGCCCACUCUCGCUGCUCUCCUCCACUCUCUCUCCCCAUGAAGGAAGAGACCACUGGAGUUUGCAUGUACCCUCCAAUCAAAACGAGGCUGAUAAAAACAUUCCCAGCUGAACCAAUGAGCCUGUUUCCUGAUCCCUUUACCACAGGGCCACAGUUUACCGCAGACUUUAGAGAGAGCAAAUUACAGUGCUGUCCUGGCCAGUCUUCCCCGCUGAUUCCAACAGUGACCCUGCGGCCCUUGACAGAGACCAUGUCCACAGUGCAGACCAUCUACACCUCCCGGAAGCCUGUCUCCCUGGCAGCCAGUGCAGAGACGCUCCGGCAGGAACUGGAGAGAGAGAAGAUGAUGAAAAGACUGUUGAUGACCGAACUGUGAAACUCUGCCCUUGCCGCCUGGAGAUGGCAUGGUGCCUUCUGUCCGCUUCCUUUCCUUGGGCUCGGUGUGCUCACUGGGGCACAUCAUACAAAUGU